CCCAGCCCGGCACGACGCUGGCCAACUGCUGCGACCUGCGCCGAUGCGGGCUGGAGCUGGGGGUCACCGUGGUGCUCACCUGGCUCACUAGGUGCUCCCAGAUGCGGGGGCUGGGCCUGGUAGUGCGGGACCAGUGCGUCAAGCUGAUCACAGGCCAGCUGCCGGUGCGCCAGGCGGAUGCCUGCGAGCGUCAGAUUGGUGCAUCGGAUAGCGACCCAUGCGGCACAGCGCUGCGGGACGAGCUGCUGCGCAUGCUGACCACCGGCAUUUCCAGCCUGCCUGCGUUUGAGGGCCUGAUGCCUGUGCGCCUGGCUCAGGAUGCAGCAUCUUGUGCGGAUGAUGGCACUACCAUCCUCAUCUCCACCGCCGGCCUCUACAAGAACCUUGGCAGCGCCUGAUGGGCGCCAAUUCUACCCGCUUGAGUUGUGAGUUGUGCUCUGGCCAGGAUGUGUCCUCCCGUGUCGUGCACAUGCGCUGCCAGCUGCUCGGACCACCCUGCUGUUAUGUGUUAGGAGCACCAGCUAGAGUUAUUUGGAAAUCUUUUGGCUUCAAAUGUUUUUGUGCCGCGACUGACAGCGGGCAGCCUGCAAUCGCCUGGCGCCGCCCCCUUGCACCCUCGUGUCUUUCCCAGUGACGAUGAUCCCUGCCUUGAAAACAGCGUUGUUUGCAUGUUGCUUGAGACUCUCUAGCUCUCCAACGCUUGGCACCGUGGCCUUCUUCCACCCCUUUGCUGAUGGCGGCGGCGGCGGCGAGCGCGUGCUCUGGUGGCAUUUCUUUAACACUACCUGCAUUUCUUUAACACUACGCGCCCACCUCACCGUCCCACCGCCGCAGGUGGUGCCCCUAGCCAACCGCGACCUUCUGCUGCCGGGGCGUUACCCACGCUUCACCAUGAUUGGCCAGGCGCUGGGGUCGGUGCGCGUGGCGUGGCAGGGCCUGCGCCAGCUGCUGCCCGAGGUGUGGGUGGACACCACGGGGUGGGCCUUCCCGUACCCGCUGGCCAGGCUGGCGGGUGCGCGCGUGGCGGCGUAUGUUCACUACCCCACCAUCAGCACAGACAUGCUGCAGAGGGUGUGGGACCGCGAUGCUCUGUACAACAACAGCGAGGAGGUGGCGGCUUGCCCGCUCAAGUCGCUGGCCAAGCUGGCGUACUAUCACGCCUUUGCGCUGCUCUACGGCGCGAUGGGCGCCUUUGCGCAGGUGGUGAUGGUGAACAGCAGCUGGACGCGGCGGCACAUCGUGGAUCUGUGGUGGCAGUGGAACAAGCCGGCGCGGGUGUACCCGCCGUGCGACACGCGCGCGCUGCAGGCGCUGCCGCUGGACCGCCGCCUCAAGCGCGUCUACCUGCUGUCCAUCGCCCAGUUCAGGCCCGAGAAGGAUCAUGCCAUGCAGCUGCGGGCACUGGCGGCGGCGCGCCGCAAGGCUGCGGGCAUGCACGACGGCGGCGGAGAGGCGGUGCUGGCUGCCCACCUCAAGCUGGUGGGCAGCUGCCGCAACGCCGAGGACGAGCAGCGCAUACAGCAGCUCAAAGACCUGGCCGAGGAGCUGGGCAUCGGCGACCGCGUCGACUUCUGCGUGAACGCCAGCUUUGACGAGCUGCGCGCUCUGCUGGCGGAUGCGGUGGCGGGGCUGCACACCAUGGUGGACGAGCACUUUGGCAUCUCGGUGGUGGAGUACAUGGCGGCAGGCGUGGUGCCCAUAGCGCACGACUCGGCCGGCCCGCGCGAGGACAUUGUGCUGCCAGAGGGGGGGCCGCCGGGCAGCGGCGGCGGCGGCGGCGGCGGCGGCGGCCAGCCCACGGGCUACCUGUGUAGCACGCUGCAGCAGUAUGCGGAUGCGAUCAUCGAGGUGCUGGGCAUGGAGCAGCUGGAGCGCAUGCGGGUGGCGGCGGCGGCGCGCCGCCGUGCAGCGCAGUUCUCCGACCAGCGCUUCCAGAAGGAGCUGAUGGCGUGCAUGGAGGACGUGCUGCCGCUGGGGCGCAGCCGGCAGCCCACCAACCUGCUGUCCGCGUCGCAGUGACUGCUCGGCACCCUGCCUGGGCCAAUCCGCUUCUGCCCCUGGCGGCGCCAGCUGGACAGCGGGCUCUUCUCAUGAAAUGCUCACCGGGCAGGUCUUGACCACAGCACAGAGCAUUACAUUAACGUGAGCAUGAGC